AUGCCUUAUUCUUCACUUUACAUUUACACACUAGUAAUGUCUUUAUUUUACACAUCUCUAGGUGGAAUUCCAAAGAGUUUUUCCCUUAUCGCAAACUUUCAAAGGCUUCAGUUACGCUAUAAAACUGUAAAGGUAUCAGCUUAUAAGAGGACAUCAAGAUCCUCUCCUACGGGUCAAACAGUAAAGGCUCAUAUCGGUAUUAAAAAACUUUCUGCGGAAUAUGUUAGACCUGGAGAUUUACUGGUCAAACAACGAAAAUAUAUAGCUCACAACCCAAAUGUGACUCGGAAUAGGCAUUUUAAGAUUUAUCCCGGCGAAAACGUUAGGGUUGCUCCAAAGACUACAAGUUUAUUCUCUCUGGUAUCGGGAAGAGUGAAAUAUACUCAUGAUGUUCUAAAGGAUGUAAAGAUUGUAAACGUUUUACCAGAACCCCCGGAUGAGCUUCUAAGGGAGGACUUGUGGAGGUACAGAACGGAGCAUGUCACUAGUUUGCAAGACAAUUGCGCGUUGGUAUGGCGCAGAAUAAAAAGCGCCUACUAUAUGAGCGAUCGCUAUCCGCUAUUGAAUCCUCCCACCAAACCACCUCCAAGACCAAAAUUCUUCUCUAAAGAUGACCAAUGGGAGAACCCACUGUAUGGAGACGUUCCCUUAAACUAUCGCUUUCCACCAAAGUUAAAUACUAGUAAAUAUAUGUACAUGUUACAAUUAGUCGCAAAGGUAUUGUCGAAGUGA